GCUUUUUGAAGCGCCUCGCUUUGUUCGGGGCGGCAUUCUUAGAGCUCCUCGGUUGCCACGGCGCUGUGUCCUUUGCCAGUGAUCUAACUACGUGAGCAGUGCAGGGGCCGCCUCCUGUGCUGCCAUCCCUCUGCCGCGCGUCUACCGUCGUUGGAUGAAGAGAGUGCCCGGUGAGCAACACAAACGACGCCCUGCUGCAGAAGGCUGUGCAUGCGCAGUCGGCCAUUCGCCUCAUCAUUCGUGUGGUUUGGUGGUGACACUGUGUGUGUCAGUCACCUUAUCGAAUCAGUUUGACGUGACAGAGCUGUUGAAGAAAGGCAUCAUCCAUGGUGAUAAUGUUACCGAGAAGUACCACAUCGCGAAGCUGCUUCAGGUACAGUGACCGACAACACACGACGGGGAUCACGAGACGAGUGCAUGUGUGUGUGUGUGUGGUCUUUGUGCAGAAGUACUGCCGUGUCAAGUUGCAAGUGAAGGUUGAAGAAGGCGUCACAUGUGGCCUGCCUCUCAACUGGAGUGUGGUCGGCCGCGUGUGCAAUGGCGAGGUGGUCGCGGCGGGGCCACGCUGGUGCGAACUCAGGCGAAAGGAGGCAUCACCCAGCAGCGGCGGUGGCGGCGGCAACGAUGCUGGGAGGCCCCAGGAGGUUGCCAGGAACGCCCGCAUCGCCGGCAGCCUCGCGCCGCCCCGGCUGAGUGCGAAGUCGCCAUGCAAUAGCCUCGCCCUGGCUGAGGUGGAUGAGCUGGUGUGCGCCCAUCGGGUGAUCGGUGCGACGUUCGAGAGCGAUGCGCAGGACGAGCGCUGGACGGGCAAGGCGGUGUCGGCGCUGGUGAAUGAGCUGCUGAGCACGUCCACAGCCGUGCUGGACCUGCCGGCCAUCGAUGUGGCCCUCAUCGACGGCACAUGGUGAGGAGGGAGGGAGGGAGGCCCAGAGGAUAUCCAUGCAUCCCUCUCCACCUUUGUGUUGUCCAUGAGUGUGUGUGUAGGUAUGCGCUCAGCAGUCGUCGUCUGGUGGCCUUGCAGAUGUUCAAAUUCAAGCUGAAGGGUAUCCUGGCGGCCGACGACACAUCGGGCUGCCGCGAUUGGUUCGCCCGCACAUACCCCAACGGAAAGGUGAGCGGUGAGGAAGGACACCACAACAUACAACAAACACAUGACGAUCGCCUCUUAGACACGCCUUUUGCCCUCUUACCUGGAUACAGGUGUUUUGCCGUGUGGUUCCCCGCCAUGCCCCGCAGCUGCCCAGUCGCGGCUCUGUGCUCCGGCCGCCGACCAACGCGGGCAGCAUUCGGGACGAGAAGCUCCGCCUGGGGGGGCUGGGGCGGCUGACAGGGGGAGGGGGGACGCGACUGGGGAUCAUGAUGCGACGCUUUGCCAUGCGAAAACGAACACUGAAUAGUGGUAAGAUGACGAUGCAAGCAGAACGGCGCGACAGUCGCUGACAAAAAAUCCGUCCCUGUGUGUGUGUGUGUGUGUGUGUGUGUCUUACGUGUGUGUGCAGGCGGCCGUUGUUUGCUGCAUCCUGCGUUUGCGGCGAUGUCGAAGAAGAAGCGCGCUGGCAAGGACAGCGUGAAGGCGGACAAGAAGGAGAGUGCUGGUCACGAUGGGGACGGUGAUGGUGUCAAGGAGGGCUCGCAUGACGAUACGGUGGUGCUGCACUCGCCUAACGACAUGGUAUGGAUCUGGAGCAACCGAACUGGUCAGCGGAGCGGCAGGCAACAGACGGCUGCCUGCGUCCAUGCGGGUGGACCCAUGUGUGUGUGUGUGUGUGUGUGUCAGGUGUGUUGUCUCGUGUGGAUGGUGAGGAGGCUGCAUCGCUGCUGAGUCAGGCAAAGGGAGGGAUCCGCCACAUGGGCAAGAGGCGACGACCUGUGGAAAGUGAGAAGGGGACGAAGAGGCAGGAGGGCAUUGGCAAGCAAGACCGGAUGAGCUCAUCACUUGGCUGUGUGUGCAGGUGCGUACACGAGGGCUGAGUUGGCGAGGUCGGCGGAUGCGUCCUAUGUGGACGGCUCCAUUGCUCGCAGCCGCGCCGUCACGCAGGCCAUCGAGCGCGCCUCACACAAGAUCGCCAAUGCCGCAAAGGCCGACGUCAACGUAGAGUAGCCAUUCAUUCGACCAAUGGAGCGAGCCAUGCAGAAGGAAGGAAGACUGUUUAGCCAAGAGAGUUGCGUAGUACUACGCGUGCAUGUGGAGGGUGGCUCUGUGACUGUCUGCCGUGAGUGGAUGGUUUUGUCUGUCUGGCUGGCUGCCUUGUAGAAUAACAGCUGCUGCUUGUCAGUCAGUGGUUCUGUUUGCCCUCGUGUGCCGUUUUGUGGGUGAGGAGAGGCCGAUGCAUGUGCUGUGUGCGGCGUGGCUGACUGAGAGAUGAGGGAGAGACAAAACUAUGCAAAAAGCAUGAACGUCUCAGGUGCAUGACAUGACCGGUAUCAUUGACUUGGCAUUGGGUUGACAACUAACGGC